AUGCCCACUCUGUUCCUCCAUUUCUUCCUUUUCUUAUUCACUACCACCGUCACUAACCUCAUCCCCGCAGUUCACAGCAACUGCAUUGAAGCCCAGCAACAAUCAUUGCUCCAUUUCAAGAAAAGUCUUGAAUCUGAUUCUUCCAAUCUUAUCACAUGGAAUUCGAGUACCGACUGCUGUUCUUGGCUCGGUGUAAAUUGCAGCACCAAUGGGAGUGUUGUCGGUCUUGACCUCAGCAGGGAGUAUAUCUCAGGCAGCAUUGACAAUUCCAGCAGUCUGUUCCAACUUGAACAUCUUCAGAGCCUCAAUUUGGCCGAGAACGACUUCAAUGGCUCUUCAAUUCCAUCUGCAAUUGGAAAGCUUGCAAAUUUGAGGUAUUUGAAUUUACAUGAAGCUAAUUUUUCAGGGCAAAUUCUCAUUGAGCUUGCACGCUUGACAAGGUUGAAGGUUCUUGAUCUCUCUUCAAGUCACCUUUCCGAGCAUGUGGGGUUAAAACUUGAGAACCCGAAUUUAGGCAUGCUAAUCCAAAACCUUACAGAGCUUACAGAUCUAAAUCUUGAUUUUGUAAGCCUAUCAGCUGAGGGAUCUCUAUGGAGCCAAACCAUAUCAUCUUCACUUCCAAAGCUGAGGGUGUUGACCUUGCACACUUGUGAUCUUUCAGGCUCUAUUCAUGAAUCAUUUGCCAGGCUUGAUUCUCUAUCCACGUUAGUAUUGGAUGGAAACUUUAUCUCUGGUCCGGUUCCAAAAUUCUUUGCCAAUUUUUCAAGCUUGAUUUCCUUGAGUCUCUCUGGUUGUGACUUGUAUGGAGCAUUUCCCAAAGAGAUAUUCCAGAUACCUUCACUACAGUAUGUUGACGUAAGUUAUAAUUCAGAGCUUCAUGGUUCCUUACCGGAGUUUCCAAAGAAUGGAUCUCUCGAAAUCCUAUAUCUAUACGGCACCAAGUUUUCAGGAGUCUUGCCGGACUCUAUUGGCAACCUUAAAAUGUUGUCUAUCCUAGUCCUUAGAGAUUGCAAUUUCACAGGAGCAGUUCCAAAGUCACUGGCAAACCUAACACAAUUGGGGUCUUUGGACUUGUCAUCCAACAAGUUUUCUAGUCCGAUUGAUUCUAUUCAAUGGGACAAACUCAUCAAGCUUGAGUAUCUAUACUUGACCAACAAUCUACUCUACGGGAGUAUUCCAUCACCUCAUUUUCCUAUUUCCUUGCUGCAGUUACGUCUUUCUGGAAAUCACUUCUCUGGUCAGUUGCUCGAAUUUUCUAAUGUCUCUUCGUACUCGCUGUACUUCAUUGAUUUGAGUAGCAACAAUUUGCAAGGAUCAAUACCCGUGUCUAUGUUUACUCUUCCGGAGCUUGAUAUGUUUUAUCUUUCUUCAAACAACUUUAGUGGUUUUUCUUUUUAUGGCCUUCAGAAGUCGAUAGAUUUUUUGUUUCUUGAUCUAUCCUACAAUAGCUUGUUGUUCAAUCAUAAUGGUACCAAGUCAUGGCCGCCCUCCCUCCAGAUUCGGAAUCUGUAUUUGGCUUUUAACAAGUUGAAAACAUUCCCAAGUUUCCUGAAAAAUCAAUCUAUUUUAGAGUCCUUGGACCUUUCACACAACCAGAUUCCAGGUCAGAUACCCAUUUGGAUUUGGGAGCUUCCUCUGAUCGAUACUCUAAAUCUAAGUUGUAACAAGUUGGUAAGUCUAGAAGCUCCUUUACUUGGUUCUACAUACCAUCUGACCAAUCUUGAUCUUCACUCAAACCAGAUUCAGGGACAAAUACCACUGUUUAUAAGUGGUGAGUAUUUGGAUUACUCAAGAAAUAAUUUCAGCUCUAGCAUACCAAUUGACAUUGGUGAUUUCAUGUCUUCCACGUUCUCCCUUUCUCUUUCAAGCAGUAACUUGUAUGGGGAUAUUCCAGAAUUAAUAUGCAAUAUAAGUGUUGCAGUUCUUGAUCUCUCUAAUAACUCUUUGAAUGGAAUCAUUCCCCAAUGCUUGACUCAGACAUCUUCGCUUAAAGUCCUUGAUUUGAGGAGAAACAACCUUACUGGAUCUAUCCCCGAUACUUUUCUUGAAGGUUGUAAUUUGGAGACUCUAGCUCUGAGCAGAAAUCAAAUACAAGGUCAAUUUCCAAAAUCACUAGUCAAUUGUUCAAGCUUAAAGGUUUUAGACCUUGGAAUCAAUCAAAUAACAGAUGCCUUUCCCUGCCCGUUGAAGACCAUAUCCACCAUGCGUGUUCUUAUGUUGCGAUCCAACAAAUUUUAUGGACCCAUUGGAUGUCCUGAGACCAAUGGCACCUGGCCGAAGCUUCAAAUCAUAGACUUAGCUCAUAACAGUUUCAAUGGUGAAAUACCAGGUACAUCAUUGACAACAUGGCGGGCAAUGAUGGUUGAUGGAGAUGAUGACCGAAAUUACCUUGGCUUUUUUUGGUCACAAGAUGGUAGAUUUGGGCUCUCUAUGAGUUAUGGAGAUGCAGUAACAGCUACAAGCAAAGGUUUGGAGUUGGAUCUGAUAAAGAUUCUAACUAUCUUCACCUUGAUUGAUUUCUCUUCCAACAAUUUUAGCGGAUCAAUACCCAAGGAAAUGGGCGAACUGAGAUCAUUAUAUGUCCUCAAUCUGUCCAGUAAUGCUUUCACCGGCGAAAUCCCAUCAUCCUUUGGUAACAUGAGAAACAUAGAGUCCUUAGACCUCUCACAGAACCACCUGAGCGGCCAAAUUCCACCGCAGUUUGCAAAUCUCAAUUUCCUUUCGUACUUGAAUGUCUCAUAUAAUCAAUUGACGGGAAGGAUCCCAACCAGCACUCAGUUUUCGACAUUUCCAAAUACCUCCUUCGAGGGUAAUAAAGGAUUAUGGGGGCCUCCUCUGACAGCAAUCGUUAUGCCACCUCCAACGUUUAAUGGAAGCUCAAGUGAUCCAAAUUCUGGAGAUGAGAUUGAUUGGAAUGUUAUCAGUGCUGAAAUUGGAUUUACAUGUGGGUUUGGAAUUGCCGUCGGGUCACUUUUGUUUUGCAAGAGAUGGAGGAAAUGGUACUACAGAGCUAUGUUUAACAUCCUGUUCAAGAUAUUCCCUCAGCUGGAACACAGAUUUGGUAAUCACAGAAGGCAUGUUUACAUAAAUCAAAGGUAUUGGAGACGUUGA